AUGCUCAUGCAGUGGAUGACAUAAACAUCUUACGCCUCUUAAGAUAUAGGGAAAAACUACAGUCUGCAUUGAGUGUUGAAAUUCAUUUGAAAUCGCGUGAGUCUGCCGAAAACGCAUACACACUUAAAAGAAAAUGAAGAUAAUUUUUGUACGCGCGCUUAUAGUCUGUGGAUGUGUCACAUCUGUUAAAGCAAACGAUGUUUGCCUUAACGAGACAGAAUAUGAUUUUUACAUGUUAGGGAACCUUGUUAAAGAUGUUGAGAAAAGGAUACAAUCUUUGAGAGAGAACGUCAAAGAAGUGAUAAAAACGAGAUGCCCUGACAGCUCAUGCGGUGAUGAAUGGGUUUCCUUCAACAAUUCUUGUUACUUUUUUGAGAAUAUUAAAUCAGCAACUUUUGAAGAAGCAAGGGCAAGUAUCAUAACUCAAUACUGCAAACAAAAGGCUGCUAACCUUUUGUACGUAGAAGACGACACAGAAAACUCCUUCAUCGUUAAAAUGCUCGGUCGUUUUAAAUCAAACAACAACUGGUUGAAUGGACUAACCGACCAAAGUACAGAAGGAAAUUGGAAAUGGAUAGACACAAAUGUUCCGGCAAGAUUUAUUAAAUGGGCACCCAAUGAGCCACAAGGGCGCACAAGAGAAAAUUGCGUUGCGUAUAUUGGUACUAAUUACUAUCGGUGGCAUGACAUAACUUGUUCAAGCAAGUGUCCAUUUAUUUGCAAAAAAAGAAAAAUCUCUUUGAAUGUUGAAUGAGUCUGCAAACAUUGACGCCAGCUAUUCAUAAAUAUUACAUACAAAUGUACUUUAAAUAGCUAGGAAUGUAAACGUCUAUGUAAUGCUUUUGUAUGCUUGUUUUUAUAUACAUAAUAAAAUUAGCUGCUGAA